AUGAAGGAAGGCGCUCAGAUGCUCGGAACUAUCGGCCUUCUUCUGAGAAGCUCUGCCGGCAAAUAUUUUGUUGCUGGCAUUGUGAAAGGGGGAGCAGCAGAGGCGUCAGGAAAGAUUCGAGAUCAUGAUCAGCUGAUCUCUGUGAAUGGCAGGAGGGUGGAAGGAUUGCCUCACGAUACCGUGGCAGGGUUGCUGGUUGGACCAGAAGAUUCCAUGGUGAGGUUGGAGUUGCUACGAACUCAUGAGUUCCGAUACUCCUUCAUCGUUGAAGUGAAGCGAAUCCAUCACACGAGCGAGGGGGACGUGCAGCAGCUUGCGCCUGUUGCUGAGAAGUAUCAUGAGGAUUCUGCAGUGGGGUACAAGUUAGCAACAAAGUUCUGUAGAGAGAGGACGAUGAGAAAAUUACUGCAAUGCUGGAGGGAGAGUACGAUGUGUGUCUUGUCUACGAUGUGCAUUCAGAGCGUCAAGCAGGAUGUCAUUGUGAUCUACAGGACAUUCGUGUCAUGGAACUAUGUCUUUCAACGUGGUCAAGCCAUGACGUCUCGUUCAGACAAGUUGAAGAGACGCUUCGUUCGGAGUCAGUUACUACAGAUUCUUGCAAGAUGGUCGCUCGUUUACCUUGAGACCCCACGUGAUGAUCAGGAUCAUACCAACCUUCACAGUGCGGAGAACACUCAGGAUUGCAGAACAGAGAAGUGGAUUGAAAGUAUGCUUCGUCACAAUGACAAAUUUGAAUACAAGAAACAAUCUAAGAUCUGCAAAACUCUGAGCAUGUACGCAAGAGGAUUGAGAGUGAAGUCAAAAGUUUUUGGCUACUUCUUGUCGUUGCACGCCGCAAACACAUACCAGCGUCAUUGUGCAGAGGAGAAACACCUAAAGCAGCUUUCGAGACUGAAUCGCACGAUAUUUCAGAAGUGGAGGUCUUACUAUCACAGGGCAAAGGAUCUUCUGCGAUUGCACACGUACCAGAUGCACAAGAAAAUCUUGCAAGUGUUUGACCUUUGGCGAUAUGAAAUGCUGAAUCACUCUCCGAAUAAGGCAAUAGACACAAAAUCCACUGUCAACACGCUGUUUAUGAGCAACACUUAA